AUAAAUAUCACUGUAAUAAAUAAUAUUAAAAAAUAAAAUGAAUGAAUUUAAAUUACCUAAACUUACUCCGGGAGCAUCCGCUUUCGCUGCAUGCUGUGCAACAGCCGGCAUGGCUGGUUUUGGUAUUUGGAGUUCUAUGUAUACAGUGGACGCUGGUCAUAGAGCAAUAAUAUUUUCCCGUUUAGGAGGAAUUCAACAAGAUAUUUUUGCUGAAGGUCUUCAUUUCCGUAUUCCAUGGGUACAUUGGCCAAUUAUAUAUGAUAUUAGAAGUAGGCCUAGAAAAUUAUCUUCACCUACAGGAUCCAAAGAUUUACAAAUGGUUAAUAUUUCACUUCGUGUGCUCUCUCGUCCUGAUGCGAACCAGUUACCCUUAAUGUAUCGUCACUUAGGUCUUGAUUAUGAUGAAAAGGUACUACCAAGCAUUUGUAAUGAAGUAUUGAAAUCAGUGGUUGCAAAAUUUAAUGCAUCUCAGCUAAUUACACAAAGACAACAGGUGUCAAAUUUAGUAAGACAAGAAUUAACUGAACGUGCUAAAGAUUUCAACAUUGUCUUAGAUGAUGUAUCAAUAACUGAAUUAAGCUUUGGUAAAGAAUAUACUGCUGCUGUAGAAUCUAAACAAGUUGCUCAACAAGAGGCACAAAGAGCAGCAUUUUUUGUAGAAAAAGCAAAACAGGAGAAACAACAAAAAAUUGUUCAAGCAGAAGGUGAAGCAGAAGCUGCCAAAAUGCUUGGCUUAGCUCUUAGUCAAAAUCCAGGUUAUCUAAAAUUACGAAAAAUUCGUGCAGCUCAAAAUAUUUCUCGCACGAUUGCAAAUUCUCCAAAUCGUCUAUAUCUUAGUGGUAAUGGUUUGAUGCUAAAUAUUCAAGAUCCAUCAUUUGAUGAUUCAUCAGAUAAACUAAAAAGUAAGAAAUAAAGGCAAUACAAGAUUUUUUCAUACUUAUUAUACGGUGUAACAAUCUUCAACAUGAUAUAUAUGUAGAUAUAAAAACAAAAUUGUUAACAAGUAUCAUUAGAUAAUUGUAGAUAUAAAAAUAUUGCUGCACCUAUUCUUGUUAUUGUUUUUAUAUCCUGUGGUA